UUCCAGAUUAUUUUACUGAAGAUUUCUUUAAUGUUUUUUGUAAGGAUCGUCCCGAUUACAGAUGGAUAAUAAUCGGCCCAUCUCGUUCGGGCUCCACGUUUCAUAAAGAUCCAAAUUCGACAUCUGCUUGGAACGCCGUAAUUACCGGUUCUAAGAAGUGGAUAAUGUAUCCACCCAACAUUCUUCCACCAGGUGUUUUCACGAGUCCUGAUGAAGCUGAAGUAACGGCACCAGUGUCCUUGAUGGAAUGGUAUGCAAAUUAUUAUGAAAAAAAACAAAAAUCAAAUCAAAAGCCAUUGGAAGGAAUUUGUCAUGCUG